GCACUUGUGGAUGUUGUUAUUGGACAUCUUUCGGUAGAAGCGGUUGGAGCAAUUGUCGACGUUGUUGUGGUUUCUCGCCGACAUGUGCAAGGAGGAGUUGCAGAAGAAGUAUCAACGCUAGAGGUAAUACUUGAUGUGGUUGUAGUGUCGGUGGCAGGCACUGUGGUAGGCAAUGUGGUAGGCACUGUGGUAGGCACUGUGGUAGGCACUGUGGUAGACAAUGUGGUAGGCACUGUGGUAGGCACUGUGGUAGGCACUGUGGUAGGCACUGUGGUAGGCACUGUGGUAGGCAAUGUGGUAGGUACUGUAGUAGGCACUGUGGUUGUGUCAGUAGAUGUGUCGGCGGAUGUAUCGGAACUGCUUGCAGUAGUUUGAUCGGCACAACCGCUCGUUACUGCAGGGCAAGUGCACGAUGCCCCCGUGGUCGUUGUAGGCUCAUCUGUUGUGUCCGGAGUGGUAGUGGGUUCUGUUGUGGUCCUUUUGCUGGUCCGUCUUGUGGUUGGUCUAGUGGUGGUUCGCCUGCGGGUGGUUCGUUCGGUAGUGGUAGUGGUACGCUUAGUUCUUCUUGGCCUUUCGGUUGUGGUCGGGUUUUCUCCACACUCACAGGGUUCCAUUGGUUCGGGGUUCCAGAUAGUAUCACCUCCAUCUCCGGGAAUUAUUUCCUCGACGGGACCAUCUCCAAGGUCUCCCCAAUCAAAAUCUGCUUUCACCUCCACAAACUGUAU